AUGGCGUUGACCUCAGCAGCUGGCUUCGUUUCUCUUUUGGAAGACAGUAGAGCAGAUGUGAAGGCUUUUGCUCUGAAAAGGCUUAAUGACCUUGCAGAUGAAUUUUGGGCUGAAAUAUCGGAGUCCGUUGAUAAAAUAGAGAUAUUGUACGAAGAUCACUCGUUUCCCUACAAGAAACUGGCAGCUCUUCUGGCUUCAAAAGUGUACUACAACCUUGGGGAGUACGAUGAUGCCCUCCACUUUGCGUUGUCCAAAUGUAUCGACAAAUAUACUGCCGUUCGAACCGCCGAACAAAUUGACCUGAAUGCCAAGCUGUCUGCUAAGGAUCUAAAAUUUGCUGGUCGGAAGUGGUCUAAAGGCGAUGGAAGCACGUACUUCCAGUUAGAAGUCGUCGUUAAUCGUAUGUUUGAACGUUGUUUUGCCCACAAACAGUUCAAACAAGCGCUUGGUAUUGCCAUCGAAACCAGGAGGGAAGACAUUUUCGAGGAAGCAAUCACCCGUGCCGAUGAUCGGGAUGAAAUGAUGCGCUAUGCGCUGAAGGUUGUCUUAAAUUUGGUGGACAGCGUGAAAUUCCGCAAGCGUCUGCUAAAUAUCCUCGUUGGAAUCUACAGCCAGAAACCGUCACCGGCUGACUCAGUCAGUAUAUGUCAGUGUCUCGUCCUGAUGGACAACCCACAGGGUACGGCAGACAUACUGGAGGACCUGCUUCUCCGCUCCGAGGAAGCUGCAGUGACA